AUGAAAGUGCAAUACUCUAAAAUAUUAUUAUUUCCCCUCCUAUUAAAUAUAUUGUCACAUAAUAAAAACAAACCAUACAUCACAACACAUACACCAACUACUACAUCACGAGUGUUAAUCGAAUGUAACAUAUAUAUUCCCAAUUAUAAUAAUGAUCCGGAUAUGAAUUCUGUGAGGGAAAAUUUCGAUCGACAAACGUCUCAACGUUUUGAAGAAUACGAAGAACAUAUGCAAGAUAAGCGACAAAAAUGUAAAGAACAAUGUGAUAAAGAUAUACAAAAAAUUAUUUUAAAAGAUAAAAUGGAAAAAUCGUUAGCAGAAAAAGUGGAAAAAGUUUGUCUUAUUUGUGCAUGUGGGUUAGGGGGUGGUGUAGCACCUGUUUGGGGUCUGGUCAGCGGUUUAUGGUAUGUGAAAUGGUCACAAUAUGUUCCUGUUGCUGUUACUAAAGCCGGUAUUACUGAAGGUAUAAAAGAGGGUUUAUCUCAAAUUAUGAAAUUAACAACACAAUGGCAUCCUGGGGCAAAAACACCACCUGUUGAUGUGACACAUAUUCUUUCCUCAGGUAAAUUUACCAAUACUGUAACGCUUUAUGAUAUAGUUCACCACAUAAAUGAUUCUUUGUACAGUACAUUAGAUACUCAAGGGUAUACUCAAUAUUGCGGAGCUAUAUCUUCUAUGGCUAGUAAUAACCUUUCAAAGUUUAAUAGAACAUAUUCUACGCAACUACAAUUAGUUUCAAAAGCUGUUACUGAUGCUGAAAUAGCUGAAAGUACCAAAUUAGCAGCUGAUACUAUUAUAUUAACUAAUACUAUUAUUGCUUCCGUUGUUGCAAUAGUGGUUAUAGCUUUAGUUAUGUUAAUUAUUUAUUUGAUUUUACGUUAUCGGAGAAAAAAAAAAAAUGAUGAAAAAACUGCAAUAUAG